AUGCCAGAAGUGCUCAUUAAAUUGAGUAGUGAUAUGAAUUAUAGAAUUCAGAUUGCUCUUGAUAGGUUGAGAAAGAUUAAUAUGCCAUUUACAGUUGUUGAUCCAACUUCUAGUUUUAAAGUCAAAGAAUUUACUGUAUUAUCGGAAACACUUUCUGGAACUUCAUCAUCACUAGAAUCUUCUGGAAUACUUUCAAGAAAAUCUUUUAGUAAAAAACUCAAUAUAAGUAUCAUCACUAGAUAUGAAUUCAGAAUCACUUAUAUUGAUAAAUAA